UUCUUUAUAAGCGUCAGCCUCCGUUCGUCUCAGCGUCGGGACUCCUAAUAAGUGAAGCGACACCUCACCCACUCCGUCCCGUUCCGAGGCAGCAGCCCCACCACCAGCACCACCACAUCCUUCAUUCUUUCUCUGUUGGAUUAUAUCUGAACCCCUUUCUUCACCUUCCUAUUUAUUCAUCCCUCCUUCUCUUCCUUCCAGCCUCCUGAUUCUUCCAUUUUUCCCUAACCCCUAUCCGAAUCACUCGAUUCUCUCUACCCUUCCAUUUGAAUCUCACAAAACCGUACCUUCUGCCUUUUUCUUUCAGGCCAGCAUACGAGAUUUCCUGCUUCAGAUGGCCUCGUCUCUGAUCUCGAACCCCAUCACCGCCACAGACCGGUCCCGUGACCCUUCCAAAAGGGAGAAGAAGAAGAAGAAAGCUCAACUCAAGCAACAGCUUCAGGAACAGAACCAUAUCAAAUGGAAGUCCCCGGCUCAGCAGCAAAUCUACUCUUCCAAGCUCCACCAGGCCUUGCCAGAGUCAACCUCGGUUCCCCUGGUUCCUCCACGUGACGCGCCUCGCCGCGGUAAAGCCGUCCGGGAGGCUGCCGAUAGAGUCCUCGCCUUCACUGCCAAGGGGAGGACCCGGUGGAGCCGAGCCAUACUCACCAAUAGGCUCAAGCUGAAGUUCAGGAAGCACAAGAGACAGAGAGUCACGGCGGCGGCUGCCGGCGUGACCCGGUCGAAGAAGCCGAGAGUUAGCGUUCUCCGGCUGAAGGGGAAAAGCUUGCCGGCUGUUCAGAGGAAAGUGAGGUUUCUGGGCCGGUUGGUCCCCGGUUGCCGGAAACAGCCAGUGCCGGUGAUAUUGGAGGAAGCCAUUGAUUACAUAUCGGCGCUCGAAAUGCAAGUCCGGGCCAUGAGCACUCUCGCUGACCUUCUUUCUGGGUCAACUGCUUCCGGCGUCGGCUCGAGUUCCUCGGCGCCACCCAGCGGAUGACACGACUCACUGGGCCCAUAUGCCAGUUGUCUUUCCUUUUUUUUUCUUGGUUCCUUCUCAAAAAAGAUAUAUUAUUAUUAUUUGCCUCUCAUCCGCUCUCUCUUGCUCUGUCUCUUGCAAGUGAAGCUCUCUGUUAAAGUACA